CUGUUCCCUUCAGAUGGCGUCCACAGCGUCACGGCAGUUUGCACCCUGCGUGUCACCAUCAUCACGGAUGACAUGCUCACCAACAGCAUCACGGUGCGCCUGGAAAACAUGUCCCAGGAGAGAUUCCUUUCUCCCCUCCUGUCCCUUUUUGUGGAGGGGGUGGCCACAGUGCUCUCUACCGCCAAGGACGGCAUCUUCGUGUUCAACAUCCAAAAUGACACUGAUGUCAGCUCCAAUAUCCUGAACGUGACCUUCUCAGCUUUGCUCCCUGGUGGCAUUCGAAACAAGUUCUUCCCCUCUGAGGACCUCCAGGAGCAGAUCUACCUCAACAGGACCCUGCUGACCAUGAUUUCCACGCAGAGGGUGCUGCCCUUUGAUGACAACAUCUGCUUGCGUGAGCCCUGUGAGAACUACAUGAAGUGUGUCUCCGUCUUGAAGUUCGACAGCUCGGCCCCGUUCAUCAGCUCCAACACCGUCCUGUUCCGCCCCAUCCACCCCAUCAACGGGCUGCGGUGCCGAUGCCCCCCGGGCUUCACGGGCGACUACUGCGAGACAGAGAUUGACCUCUGCUACUCCAACCCUUGUGGGAGCAAUGGGCUGUGCCGGAGCCGAGAAGGGGGCUACACUUGUGAAUGCUACGAGGACUACACUGGAGAGUACUGUGAGGUGAACGCGCGCUCCGGCCGCUGUGCUCCGGGGGUGUGUAAGAACGGAGGAACCUGCGUGAACCUGCUGGUCGGAGGCUUCAAAUGCGAGUGUCCACCAGGAGAAUACGAGCGGCCGUACUGCGAGAUGACCACCAGGAGCUUCCCACCACAGUCCUUCAUCACCUUCAAGGGGCUGCGGCAGCGCUUCCACUUCACCGUCUCCCUGAUGUUUGCGACCAGGGAGCAGAACGCUCUCCUCCUCUACAACGGGCGUUUUAACGAGAAGCACGACUUCAUUGCCUUGGAGAUCAUCGAGGAGCAGAUCCAGCUCACCUUCUCUGCUGGAGAGACAACCACCACGGUGGCACCGUUUGUUCCGGGAGGGGUCAGCGAUGGGCAGUGGCACUCGGUCCAGGUGCAGUACUACAAUAAGCCCAACAUUGGGCGAUUAGGAAUUCCCCACGGACCUUCUGGAGAGAAGGUGGCCGUAGUGACUGUGGACGACUGUGACACGGCCGUGGCUGUGCGCUUCGGGACCCUCAUUGGAAACUACACCUGCGCUGCCCAGGGGACUCAGACCGGCUCGAAGAAAUCUUUGGACCUAACUGGCCCUCUCCUCCUUGGCGGUGUCCCAAACUUGCCUGAAGAUUUCCCUGUGCACAACAGGCAGUUUAUUGGCUGCAUGAGGAACCUCUCUAUCGACAGCAAGCCCAUCGACAUGGCUAGUUUCAUCGCCAAUAAUGGCACUCUGCCAGGCUGUGCAGCACAGAGGAACUAUUGUGAAACUAACUGGUGCCAGAACGGAGGGACAUGUGUCAACAAGUGGAACACAUACAUCUGUGAGUGCCCCGUACGCUACGGAGGGAAAAACUGUGAGCAAGCAAUGCCUUCUCCUCAGCGUUUCAGUGGUGAAAGCAUUAUCAUUUGGAGUGACCUUGACAUCACUAUCUCUGUGCCCUGGUACAUUGGGCUGAUGUUCAGAACCCGGAAAGUCAAUGGCAUGUUAAUGCAAGCCAACGCUGGGACUGCAUCCAAGAUCAACAUUCAGAUACUGAACAACUACGUGCAGUUUGAAGUGUACAGUGGCCUGAGCCAGGUUGCACGUUUGAAGAUGAGCCAGUUGCGAGUCAGUGAUGGGGAAUGGCAUCAUUUAUUAAUAGAACUGAAAAGUGCUAAAGAUGGUAAAGACAUCAAGUACCUUGCUGUCAUGUCCUUGGACUAUGGGUUGUACCAGAGCACUGUGCAGAUUGGAAAUCAACUACCUGGACUGAAAAUGAAAAGCAUCAUUGUGGGAGGUGUCUCUGGAGUGCAGGGCUUUUAUGGCUGUAUGCAGGGAGUAAGAAUGGGAGAGACAUCUACAAAUAUAGCUACACUCAACAUGAACCAGGCUAUGAAGAUCAACGUGAAGGAGGGUUGCGAAGUGGAUAACCCCUGUGAUUCCAACCCAUGUCCCCAGCACAGCUACUGCAGUGACGACUGGGACAGCUACUCCUGCAUCUGCGACCCAGGGUACUUUGGAAGAGACUGUGUUGAUGUAUGUAACUUGAACCCAUGUGAGCAUGUCUCCACGUGCGUGCACAAACCUAGUUCAUCCCACGGCUACACUUGUGAAUGUGGACAAAGCUACUAUGGACAGUACUGUGAGAGCAAGAUUGAUCUGCCUUGUCCCAGAGGCUGGUGGGGAAAUCCCAUCUGUGGCCCCUGUAACUGUGAGACUAGUAAAGGGUUUGAUUCUGAUUGCAAUAAAACCAAUGGAGAAUGCCACUGCAAGGCAAAUUACUACCGGCCUCAGAGCAGUGACACUUGCUACCCAUGCGACUGCUUCCCGUCCGGCUCCCACACCCGCACCUGCGACAUGGAGACGGGACAGUGUCCCUGCAAACCCGGCGUCAUCGGGCGGCAGUGCAACCGCUGCGACAACCCCUUCGCUGAAGUCACGGCGAAGGGCUGUGAAGUAAUUUAUAAUGGCUGUCCCAAAGCUUUUGAGGCUGGGAUUUGGUGGCCACAGACCAAGUUUGGCCAGCCAGCUGCGGUGCCGUGUCCUAAAGGAUCAGUGGGAAACGCAGUUCGCCACUGUAACAUUGAGAAGGGCUGGCUGCCUCCUGAGCUUUUCAACUGCACCACCAGCACUUUCGUCGAUCUAAAAAUCAUGAAUGAGAAGUUACACCACAAUGAGACCAAGCUGGAUGGAGACAAAACCAUACAGAUUGUGAGAGUGCUGCAGAAUGCCACCAAAUACACACAGAGCUUGUACGGCAACGACGUGAGGACAGCUUACCAGAUGAUGAUCCGGGUCCUCCAGUAUGAGAGCCAGCAGCAAGGGUUUGAUUUGGCAGCCACCAGGGAUGUGGAAUUCAAUGAGCAUAUUAUCAAAGUGGGUAGUGCUCUACUGGACCCCAGCAAUAAGGAGCACUGGGAGCAAAUUCAGCGAACGGAGGGUGGCACCGCUCACCUGCUCAGGCACUACGAGGAAUAUUUCAACAACGUGGCCCAGAACAUGAAGAAAACCUACAUGAGACCUUUUGUCAUUGUUGCCACUAACAUGAUUAUUGCUGUUGACAUCUUUGACAAGUCUAAUUUCACCGGCGCUAGAAUACCACGAUUUCAUGAGAUUAAGGAAGAUUAUCCAAAGGAUCUGGAAUCAUCUGUUGUCUUCCCUGAUACUUUGUUCAGACCUUCAGACAGGAAAGCAGUGCCUACAAUGAAGCCUUCAAGUCAAAAGUUGUCCUCUAAAAUGAGCAGUGGUGCACUAAGCCCCGAGAGUGCUUUUGCAAAGAGAAGGAAGCGACACCCGGAUGACUCAGCGCAUCAUACCGUUGCCAUGGUCAUUAUAUACCGGUCCCUGGGACACCUCCUGCCUGAAAACUACGAUCCUGACCGAAGGAGCUUGAGAUUGCCAAAUCGCCCGAUUAUUAACACACCUGUAGUGAGCACGGCCAUUCACAGUGACGGGGAACUUCCUCCCAACCUGAUGGAAAAGCCCAUCAUAGUGGAGUAUGCCAUGCUGGAAACAGAGGAGAGAACGAAGCCUGUCUGUGUCUUCUGGAACCACUCCAUCACGAUUGGCGGGACAGGUGCCUGGUCCUCCAGAGGAUGUGAGCUGUUUUCCAGAAACCAGAGCCACAUCGCUUGCCAGUGCAACCAUAUAACCAGCUUCGCCGUCCUGAUGGACAUUUCGAAACGAGAGAAUGGGGAGGUGCUUCCUCUGAAGAUUGUCACUUACACAACUGUAUCCAUCUCGCUGGUGGCUUUGCUGAUCACCUUCAUACUGCUGGUCCUGAUCCGCACACUACGUUCCAACUUGCACAGUAUCCACAAAAACCUGGUGGCUGCUCUUUUCUUCUCAGAGCUUGUCUUUCUUAUUGGAAUCAACCAGACUGAAAACCCGUUUGUGUGUACCGUGAUUGCCAUCCUCCUGCAUUAUUUCUACAUGAGCACCUUCGCAUGGAUGUUUGUGGAGCAGCUCCACAUCUACCGGAUGCUGACUGAAGUGAGGAACAUCAACUUUGGGCACAUGCGGUUCUACUACGUCGUUGGCUGGUUUAUCAUAACAGGGCUUGCCGUUGGUCUGGAUCCACAAGGCUAUGGGAACCCUGACUUCUGCUGGUUGUCCGUUCACGACACCCUUAUCUGGAGUUUCGCUGGGCCCAUUGUAAUUGUUGUAGUUAUAAACACUGUGAUCUUUGUACUAGCAAUGAAAGCAUCGUGCAGACGGAGGCAGCGUUCAUUUGAAAAAACUGGAGUCGUCUCUGUGCUGCGAACGGAAUUCCUGCUCUUGCUUCUCAUCAGUGCCACGUGGCUGCUGGGGCUGAUGGCGGUGAACAGCGAUGUCAUGACAUUUCACUAUCUCUUUGCCAUUUUCAGCUGCCUGCAGGGGCUGUUCAUUUUCUUCUUCCACUGCGUAUUUAACAAAGAAGUCAGGAAGCACUUGAAGAACACUUUAACUGGGAAGAAACCUCUUCCAGAUGAUUCCACUGCAACAAGAGCUACAUUAUUAACUCGAUCCCUGAACUGUAACAACACAUAUAUAGAAGAGCCAAAUAUGUAUCGCACCACUAUUGGAGAAUCCACUGUCUCCCUAGAAAGCACCGUCAGGGACGAGGCUGCUCAUAAGCUCAGUGGAUCCUCAAGUCAAGCAAGGGCUGGUCAGACUGAAGCAGAUUCCUCCAUUUUUCAUAGGAAUCCAUCAAAAUCCAAUGAGCACGAUUCAGACUCCGACAGCGAACUUUCCCUUGAUGAACACAGCAGCUCUUAUGCCUCUUCCCACUCAUCAGACAGCGAGGAAGACGGGCUUGAGACAGAGAAGAAAUGGAAUACAUCUGCUUCCAAAAAUAAUGAACGUGGCCCUCUCCACAGCACGCCCAAAGUUGAUAGCCUUCCCAAUCAUGUGAAACCCUAUUGGCCCACAGAGUGUGUCACGGCCAGCGAUGGCGAGGACCCCGGCGGGAAACAGAAACUCAAAGUUGAAACCAAAGUCAACGUAGAGCUUCACAGGGAAAACCAGAUGAACCACAGCAACGAAGCGCCGCAGGACAAGGAGAACGAAGGGCAGCAGAAGGAGAACAGACCUCUGUCCCACCAGAAUAACCAGCAGCCGGAGCAGAGGAAAGGCAUCUUAAAAAAUAAAGUCACCUACCCUCCCCCACUGGUGGAUAAGAAUGUGAAGAAUCGACUGCGGGAAAAGCUGUCGGAUUACAAUCAGACCACAAUCUCAUCCAGGACUGCUUCCUUGGGGACAAAUGAUGGGGUCCGCUCUCCCUCAGACUCAGGGGUGACAGUAAAAAAUGUUCGGAGGGAGCAGUCUCGAGACCAGCUCAAUGGCAUGGCCAUGAACGUCCACGUGGGAACAGGACAUGCUGACACCUCAGACUCAGAAGGCAGUAACGAAACUUCAAUUUGAACCAUCAGGAAACUGUGA